AUGGUGCGCGUGCCCGGAUCUUCUGAGGCCUCUGGAUUUCACCGUGAGUCCACUGGCGAAGAUGUCAAGAUUAAGCAAGAACCUGGGAUUGAAGUGUCAGCGACAAAGGGAUCGACGCAGACACGCAGAAGCACAAGAUCCUCAGAUCAUCAGAGUUUUGGGAGGGGCUCUGAUGAAAUGAAAAUGAAAGAGGAAGAUCGAGAGAUCGAUCUGGAAGAUAAACCUCAAUUCCCUCCUAGGGUCCCUUCGGGGUCCACCGCAGAUCGCUCUGCAAAGAGCGAUCUGCUGGAUAAAAAUCCAAUGGUGAAAACCAAAUCGGCGAAAGCCAAACCCUAUAUCUUAGUCGAUAGAUCGCCCGACCUCAAGCCGAAGAGCACAAUCGCGAGAUCGACCACAUCAGAACGAUCCGCGACGAGAUCGAUGGGAUCAGAUGUCAAAGAUCGCCAGAUCGGCCGAACCGUGCAAUCAAAGAUCGGAGCCAAAGAGGAAUACGAUGAAACACCAGAUAAGAUCGCGAUGCCAAAGACGGAAUAUAACCCAAUAAAGAUCGCGUCCAGGGAGAAGGAGACGACGGGUGAAGCGCGGGAGCGUGCAAAAUGGCAGUACUAUUAUGGCCAGUUGAAGACGCUGCUCAAGACGGACCCAGUGUUCAAGAUAUUAAGGCCCAAGGUGAUUGGUCCUCUGGAUAAGCCGAUCUCGGUCCCACUUCACGGGACCAACAAAGUCGACGAGAUCAAUUUGAUUUUGCAGAUGUUGGACGACAUGGGUAUCUGCCCUGACGCUUUUGAUGGAGAUGAACUGCUGAGUUGCAGCUUGGAACAGUUUAAGGACGCGGCGAAUGAGUUUGUAGAGAUCAUGAUAAUGCUGGUGGGCAAAGCGAAUACUCCUGAGGACAAGAUCGGGACGCCCUCGGGCUCGCUCCGUAAACACCCCGCGGGAUCGCUCCCGCUACGCCUCGGAUGA